AUGGCGCGGACCCCGGGGCCGGCCCCGCUGUGUCCCGGAGGCGGCAAAGCACAACUUUCCUCCGCUUCUCCCCCCGGGGCCGGACUCCUGCUGCCGCCCCCGACGCCACCACCGCUACUGCUGCUGCUCUUCCCGCUGCUGCUCUUCUCCCGGCUCUGUGGUGCCUUAGCUGGGCCAAUUAUUGUGGAGCCACAUGUCACAGCAGUAUGGGGAAAGAAUGUUUCACUGAAGUGUUUAAUUGAAGUAAAUGAAACUAUAACACAAAUUUCAUGGGAGAAGAUCCAUGGCAAAAGUUCACAGACUGUUGCAGUUCAUCAUCCUCAGUAUGGAUUCUCUGUUCAAGGAGAGUAUCAGGGAAGAGUCUUAUUUAAAAACUAUUCACUUAAUGAUGCAACAAUUACUCUACAUAACAUAGGAUUCUCUGAUUCUGGAAAAUACAUAUGCAAAGCUGUUACAUUCCCGCUUGGAAAUGCUCAGUCCUCUACAACUGUAACUGUAUUAGUUGAGCCCACUGUGAGCCUGAUAAAAGGGCCAGAUUCUUUAAUUGAUGGAGGAAAUGAAACAGUAGCAGCCAUCUGUAUCGCAGCCACUGGAAAACCAGUUGCACAUAUUGACUGGGAAGGUGAUCUUGGUGAAAUGGAAUCCACUACAACUUCUUUUCCAAAUGAAACGGCAACAAUUGUCAGCCAGUACAAGCUGUUUCCAACCAGAUUUGCUAGAGGAAGGCGGAUUACCUGUGUUGUAAAACAUCCAGCCUUGGAAAAGGACAUCCGAUAUUCUUUCAUAUUAGAUAUACAGUAUGCUCCAGAAGUUUCGGUAACAGGCUAUGAUGGGAAUUGGUUUGUAGGAAGAAAAGGUGUUAAUCUCAAGUGUAAUGCUGAUGCAAAUCCACCACCCUUCAAAUCUGUGUGGAGCAGGUUGGAUGGACAGUGGCCUGAUGGUUUAUUGGCUUCAGACAAUACUCUUCAUUUUGUCCAUCCCUUGACUUUCAAUUAUUCUGGUGUUUAUGUCUGUAAAGUGACCAAUUCCCUUGGUCAAAGAAGUGAUCAAAAGGUCAUCUACAUUUCAGAUGUCCCAUUUAAGCAGACCUCUUCCGUAGCCGUAGCUGGAGCUGUAAUCGGAGCUGUUCUUGCUCUCUUCAUCAUUGCUGUCUUUGUGAUUGUCCUGCUGACUCCUCGAAAAAAGAGACCAUCCUAUCUUGACAAAGUGAUCGACCUUCCACCCACACAUAAACCACCUCCCAUGUAUGAGGAACGAUCCCCACCCUUGCCUCAAAAAGAUCUAUAUCAGACGGAACACUUGCCUUUGCAGACUCAGUUCAAAGAAAGAGAGGUUGGCGGUCUCCAGCACUCUAAUGGACUAAAUAGCAGGAGAUUGGACUAUGAAGAUGAGAAUCCCACGGGGGAAGAUGGGAUUCAGCAGCUGUACCCCCUUUACAGUCAGAUAUGCUACCAAGACCGGAGUCCUGGCAAACAUCAUGAAAGCAACGAGCCCGAGAGCAUCUACAUCAACCCACGAGAACACUACGUGUGA